ACCUCAUUCAGACGCACAGUUUAUGCGAUGUCACACCCGCGGCGUUUUCUCCAUCUGAUGUGAAACCCUCACGCUCGGCUCCCCGCACAUUGAUGUCUCAGUCCAGCACAAUUUUCAUUUGGAGCCGCGUGUUGUUAGGAUGCGUCCGGGAGGAGCGCGCUCUUCUCCUGCCGAUGCUGUGCUGUCCUCCCUAUGUCUGUGGCUCAUAGCUUCACUCCCCUGUGUUCUUCAGGCUGCUCUGUCUGAAGGCGCUGUUUACAAUGGAGAAGAUAAGCAUGGCUCAGUGAGGAGCCUCCUUGACCAGGUACAGAGUUAUGAGAUUACUUAUCCCACAUGGCUGCAUCCUCACAGACACAGGAGGUUUGCCCACGAAGAGCAUCCUGCAGAGGCCCAGGUUCUGAUCUAUGCUGAGGGCCGUGAGCUCAAGCUACACCUGGAGAAAAACAAGCAUCUGUUGGCCCCUGGAUAUCAGGAAAUAUGGUACACUCCCGAAGGAGUUCGCAAGUCCUCCUUUCCUGCCAACACUGGACACUGUUUCUACCAUGGGGAGGUUCUGGGCAUGGAAGGCUCAAGUGUUGCUGUUAGCACAUGCUCAGGACUCAGGGGACUGAUUUCUCUGAACACAAGUGUCAGCUACAUGAUCGAGCCUCUGUCUGUUUCCACGGGUGCACAGCGGCACGCCGUGUUCAGAGCCGAGAGUCUCCAUCUACCCGGAGGUAGCUGCCUGCAUCACCAUGGCAACAAGGAGCAUGAAGAGGGGCUUAACGACUUCAUCCAUGGAAUGAUGUCACCAUGGAGCAUGAGGGAAAAAAGGGACCUGAGCAAGAGUAUGAAGUACGUGGAGCUGCUGCUAGUGGCAGACAAGGCUGAGUUUGAGAAGCAUGGGAGUAAUCUCGAGAGGACCAAACAGAAAUUACUUGAAGCGGCCAACUUGGUUGACAAGUACUACAAGGCUUUAAACAUCCGUGUGGCAUUGAUCGGUCUGGAGGUGUGGUCCAGCCAGAACCUGAUCAGCGUUUCGGACAACCCUCACAGCACUCUGGCAGCGUUCCUGUCCUGGAGAGGCAAACAGCUCCGCACGCUGCCCAAUGACAACGCUCAGCUCGUCACGGGGAAGGGCUUCCAGGGCACCACCAUCGGACUGGCACCGCUCAAAGCCAUGUGCUCCGAAUACCAGUCUGGUGGAGUUAACACGGACCACUCAGAGUCAGCUGUCGGUGUAGCUGCCACCAUCGCACACGAGAUGGGCCAUAACUUUGGCAUGAGCCACGACAGUGCAGGCUGCUGCCAAGCCAAGGCCGAAGACGGAGGCUGCAUCAUGGCUGCUGCUACUGGGCAUCCGUUUCCACGUGUUUUUAACAAUUGCAACCAGAAGGAGCUGAAGAACUACCUGAGCUCUGGAGGGGGGAAGUGUCUCUUCAACUUGCCAAACACCAAGUCCAUGUACGGAGGGCAGCGUUGCGGCAACGGCUACCUGGAGGAAGGAGAAGAAUGUGACUGUGGAGAAGAAGAGGAGUGUACAAGUCCCUGCUGUAAUGCCAACAACUGCACUCUUAAGGCUGGAGCUGAGUGUGCCCAUGGUGUCUGCUGCCAUGACUGCAAGUUGAAGAGCCCGGGUGUGCUUUGUCGCGCUCCCUCGGGGUCAUGUGACCUGCCAGAGUACUGCGAUGGGAAGGCAGAGUCUUGUCCCGCUAAUUUCUAUCUAGUGGAUGGUACGGCGUGUGCAGGCGGUCAGGCCUACUGUUACACUGGCAUGUGUCUGAGCUUGGAACAGCAGUGUCGCUCUCUCUGGGGACAAGAUGGCCGUCCAGCCCCUGACCUGUGCUUUAGGAAGGUAAACGAAGCCGGGGACAUGUACGGGAACUGUGGCAAGGAUCUGUUUGGGAAGUACAGGAGCUGUAAGGACAGUGAUGCUCAAUGUGGGAAAAUCCAGUGUUUAACCUCAGCCUCCAAGCCCAUUGAGAACAAUGCUGUCCGAAUCGAAACCACUGUUGGUGUGGGCAACAAGAAGAUCCAGUGUAUGGGAACACAUGUGUACAAACCUGGGCAGGGGGACGAGGAGGGGCAGGGAGACACUCUGGACCCAGGCCUGGUCAUGACGGGCACCAAGUGUGGUGAUGACUCGAUUUGCUUUAACGGAGAAUGCCGCAAUGCAUCUUUCCUCAGAGCUGAUGAGUGCAAUGCAAAGUGCCAUGGACACGGGCUGUGCAACAACGAUCACAACUGCCACUGUAACGCUGGCUGGGCUCCUCCUCUGUGUGAGCAGCAAGGGUCAGGUGGGAGUGUCGACAGCGGACCCGUCAUAAGCCACAGCAAUCUCCUUCCUGUACUGGUGGUCCUUCCUCUGGUCCUGUUUGUGGUUUUGGCUGCUGUUGGACUGUUGUUCUGCUACAGACAUAAACUCCGUCCACUUAAGUCCUCCGCUCCACCUCCUGUGCCAAGUUGUUCAAUCCCAGUCGAAUGCAAGCCUAUGCAUGCUGAUGUGAACGGUCAUGCCAACCCAACAUUCUUGCUUAAAAAACAGGACUCGGAUAACCUGGGGAAAUAUUCUCCUCGUCCCAGCCCGUCCUGCUCUUCCCGGUCCAGGAACGCUAUAGUGCGUCCAGCAGUGAAGCCUCCUCCCGUCCCUUCGUACGCUGCAGAGCAGAGAGAGCAAACACCUCAGAGACAAUGCUCUCCUCAGGGUUAUACCUCACCUGCUUCUAAAUUUGUGCAACUCACCGAGCAGAGAAACCAGGCUCCUCCACCACCCCCAGGACCUCCACAUUUAACUUCCCAGCAUUCAGCAGUACCAAAACCCAGGCCAGACCCCCCAAACAGACCUCCACCGCCUUUACCUGUCAACAAGCUACCAGGGGAACAGCAACACAUAAAGGGACUGCAGGUUACCACUAAUGCACUGCAGAGAGGAAAAGCUGCUUUGGCUUCAUCUGCUGGACAGAAAAAGCCAAACAGGAACUAAGAACUCAGGGAGAGAUUGGGGACCAGCACCCACACCCAGUAAUAGACUGCCUCAAACUAUCUUUUUGAAAAUAGAAAUCUGAGAAUGAAACUGUGGGAUAUGAACUAAACUUGACACCAAAUACAGUUUAUUUGAACUCGGUGUUUUGUGGGAAAAUGCUAGAAUCCCAGCAAGUCAUACUACAGAUCACAAUUAGAACAUUUUAAGUCUUUAAACUUUGAGAUACAGGCUUAAUCUGAUUUUGUUAUUUUUUUUGUAAAUCCGCUUGUGUCUGCUUUCACCACUUGAAAUCGCAAAAGCUGUGAAUUCAUUAACUUUUUCAUGAAUGUCCCAAAAAGUUAAUGAAAAUGUGAACUAGUUCCAUGUGUGCAGCAGUGUUCAAACACUGAUCCAGGAGUAUUUAUUCACAAAGAAAAAUGAAUGUUUACAAUGUAGCCUAUGUAAUAAACAUGGUGUCUCUUAAAGAGCAUCAGCUGUAUAAGGAAUAUCUUAUAUUAAGAAAAGAUGCCAAUGUGGAAAUGCUUACACUUCUUAUGUGUGAAUAAGGAUGGGAUUUUAACUGGACUCAAGUGGACCAGUGAAUGCCCUGUAUGCAUGCUAUAAGUAUAUGCUUAUGAUGAGAGAUACAUGUCUGAUAUGUAGCAGGAAAUGUUAGGGUUUUUAAAAAAUAUUAUUAGCUUUGAUUUAAUGAUUUUACAUUGUUGUGGUGUUGCAUUUUGAGCAAUCUGGAUAGUGUCAAAUACUCAUCCCCCUAAAGGCGCUUAAGCCUGUAGAAAUUGAGAAUUUGAUACAUUUUUAAGCAUAAUUUCAACCCUCACUCACUCUUAUUUCUUAGUUUUGUAACAGACAAUCAGUGAUGAAGUCAUAUUUGUCCCUGGGCAACAUUUCAAACAAAUUCACUUUCGGAAAGAUAUGAGCCAUACUUAAAUGUACAUGUAAAAAGCAAACAUCAAAAUUGCAAAGUUAAUUUGAACAAUUUUGCAUCUGGUUCUUAUGCAUCUCAGUGGGACUUCCCCCAUGAGCCAAAGGCUGUAAAGUUACUUUUCUAUCUGAUCAACAGUAAUAUAUAUUCCAGGCUGUGUAACAAUGAUUACUUGUUACUGUAAAAUACUGUAAAAAAUCCUGGUCCGUUUGACUGGUAGUGGGGGUUGACGUGGUUUUAACUGAAAUAUGGAAAUACAGCUGCCAUGUUUGGUUUUAUCUUCUUAUCAGACCUAUGCAAACCCUGGCACUUUGCAACACUGUGUCUUCAACUGGAAAUCAAAUAAACACAUGGGAAAACAAAAA